CUUGCGAUCAUAAAUAUUAAAUAAAAAAAUAUUUUAUCUUCUGUUCUGUUAGUGCAUGAGUGAAUAAUUAUUAUCCGUUCCGUAUCUUUUUUUAUUAUGUGAUAAUGGACGAGUAUGAUUCAGUGGAAUACCUCGAAGAACUCACGGCUGAGGCUGCCGUCUUCAUUGAUGAGCCAACCAUUCAAGCCGGUGCCGAUUCGGGAGAUAGAGCCAGAGAUGAGAAUGUGGACAUGUCCAAAGUACGUUAUGACAUCGAGUUUUUUGAAUCGGAUGAAGAAGGAGGCCCCUCAACGUUUUGCUUUAAUGGGAUCUACCUCGAACGAUUGUACAAGAGCCAGCUACGACCAAAGGAAAUUGCUCAGGCUUCCGUACACGGUAAUUCACCGGAAGAAAUUCUACGAUGUAUUUGGGAGCGUGCUAGAAAAGUGAUAAGGCGCCAAGUUAUUUUCGAAGACGACAUUCCACAUUGGUCAGAGGAACACGAUCCAGAAUUCGAGGACAUCGCAAAGUUUAUUUUACUGCAAGAUACGGUGAGGAAGAAAAUCUACGGGACAUUGCAAAUAACACCACGAUUGCUGACGUCAUGGAGGAACAAAUCCAUCAAAAUAUUUAUUCAUACCUAUUCUACAAGCAUCGAAACAUCAGGUCAGUAUCAGUUAGUUACGCGAAAACUAAUUGCUCCUCAAAACCCUGACCGCUCUGGAGCACAUUCUACAAGAGAUGACUCAGCACUGGCUACUGAGCUGCGAGACAGUCACCCUCACCUUGAGGGACACUUCAGUUCCUGGUUGCUCUGGGCAAACCAAAUUAACUCAUCUCCAGCACACAGUCGAGACCGGCUAAUUCAAGACUCAUCUCCUCCUCUAGAGUUGUCCAAGUAUUUCCGAUGGGCCGGUGUAUCUGAAGCAGCUCGAUUACAAACUGCACAUCGGAGUAUGCUAGCUGCUCAAACAAAUAAUGAUGCGUGGAAUCGUGACAUGGCUGAUCUAACGAAUGACCUCAACAAGGCCCUCAACAUAUUGCAGGGCAUGAAGCAGAAAAUGGAAAGUAUGUCCACAAGAGGAUCGAUAACUGCUGAGCUUUUCACAGCUAUGGAAUCUGUCACGCGACCGGAAGAAUCAAACCUCAGUCGUGAGAUUGCCGACAGAGUAACUGAGUGUGAGGAUGUGGAUCAUUUGCAGUAG